AUGGCCGGCGGCGAGGUCAUCGCGCAGGUGGGCGACGAGCGCGACGAGCGCGACGAGCGCGACGACGACGACGACGACGACGCGGACGACGACGACGACGACGACGACGAUUUCUUCUCGCCGUCCGCGACCGCGGUCGAGGACGAGCGCGACGACGACGACGACGACUGGGAGGUCAUAUACGAAGGCGCGGCGUCCGGCGACGGCGGCGACGACGACGAAUGGGACGGCGACGAGGAGGACGACGACGAGGACGCGGGCGAAGCGGAGGAAGGGUCGCGCGACGACGAUGACGACGACGCCGAAGCCGACGGCGCGCCGCCGCCGAUGUCUCUCGUGUUGCGCAUCGCGGGCGCGCGCGCCGUCGCCGGCGCGGGCGGGGCGAUCAACGCCCUCCCCGUGACGCACCUCGUCCCGCUCGUGCCGUCGAUAUUCCCGCGGUGGGACCCAUCGACGUCCGCGCUGGUGAUGGAUCCGCCGGAGGGGCUCCUAGACCUCGGGAUCCGGCAGUCCGAGAUCAGGGCGCUUCGACGCGACCUGCUGCCGUACUGCGCGCGAGUGAACGCGACGGAGCUCGGGAUGCCGUCGCGACGGACGCUGAUGCGGUCGGGGAGGGAGGACCUCGCGACGCGGGUGGCGGCGCUGGGGGACUCGGCCGCCGCCGCGGUGACGCUCGGGUUCACGUUCAAACGCAAACCGGACGGGUACUGGGAGAACAUCGACUUCCUGCGCGACGCGUUGCUUCAGCUCACGCACGCGUUUUGGUUCGAAGAGAUGGACGAGGAGAGUGAGGAGAUUUUUUGGUACAACGACAUCUCCGGCGCGCUGAGCUUUGAGCCGCCGACGGAGGCGAGCGGCGGCGGGCUGGACGCGCCGGUGAUGCCGUCCGUGGCGGACGUGCUCGAGGCGCGGCGGUACGACGUGCAUCACGCCAUCUUGCUGCACGGCGGGUACAAAGAAGUCGCCGGCAGGCUCGGGUGGAUGCAGAAGCGCACGAGCGAGAACAGACACUUGCUGCAGUUCGCGACGCUCCGACGCGAGAUGCUCGAAUUUCUCGAAGAGGCUGGCGAAGAGCUCGAUGUACCCCCCGGGCGGUUGCCGACCGCGGCGACGCUGACGGGGGCGGGGAGAGAGGAUCUCGUGCAGGGCGUGAAGUGGCACGGCGGAUUCGUCCGCGUCGCGCGGCGGUUAGGCCUCCUAAACAGCCGCGCGGCGGAGUUGACCGACGUCGCCGUCGCCGCCGCGGCGUUUCGAGAUUUCGCCCGCGCGCACGACGUUCCCGCGCUGCACGACGGCGCGCGCAUCAUGCCCACGAACGAGCAGCUCAUCGCGCACGGACGGCACGACAUGCGAUGGGCGCUGCGAAUACACGACCGCGCGUCGAUCGUCGAGCUCGCGGGGCUGCACGACCCGAACGCGGCGAACCCGAACACCGGCGGCGCGCGGAAGCGACGGCUCAAGUACGACGACGCGCGGCGAUACAUGCGCGAAAAAGUCAACGACGUCGCGCCGCCGCUGACGUCCGCGCGUAGGUUCCGCGAGUGGUGCGAGGCGGGGCGCAGACCGUGGUUCAUCCCCGCGCUGCCGUCGGAGUACUACUCCAAGAGAGGCGAGUGGCGCGGGUGGGACGAUUUCCUCGGCGCCCCCGAGCGGCCGCGCGGGUUGCGACGGCGGAGCGACAGGAUGAAGUCGUACGAAGACGCGAGGUGCGUUCUAUACACUGGUCCCCAUACGACCCCGUCGGCGUGGCGAACGCCGAUCCUUAAGGACUUUUGCCGGCGUUUCUCUCCGCCCACCCGUCGGUUUCAAUCCCCACCCUCGACGCCUUUCAACGCCAACUGA